AUGAGCUUUCUUCUUCGUUCAAUCUGUUUCGUCUUCGUUUUAAACAUUCUUAACACGUUUGCUUCUCCUACACGGCACUUGUGCCGACCCGACGAAAAGAAUGCCCUUUUGGAGUUCGUGAAUGAGUUUGAGAUUCGGAAUCUUGACGAUGCUGUUUUUUCUAGUUUUUCUUAUCCCAAGACGAACUCGUGGAGCAACAAGAGUGAUUGUUGUUCAUGGGACGGUAUCACGUGCCAUGCCAAGUCUGGUGAAGUGGUCGAGCUAGACCUAAGUUCCAGUUGCUUCCACGGCAAACUAAGUUCCAAAAGCAGUCUUUUUAAGUUGCAAAGGCUCCGUGUCCUCAAUCUUGCUUACAACGAUCUCGUCUCUUCUGAGAUACCUAGCCAGCUCGGUACACUCAAGGAGUUAACACUACUCAACCUCUCAAACACUUUGUCAUCUGGUCCAAUUCCAACAGAGCUUCUUCAUCUAACCAAGUUGGUGUCUCUUGACCUCUCUUCUAACUCAUUAUCAGCUCAAAAGUCAUUUCUUAACAAUCUUUCCCAGAAUUUGACAAACCUAGAGGAGCUUAACCUAGGUCUUGUAGACAUUUCUUCAGAAAUUCCUCCAAAUAUCUCAAAACUAUCCUCUCUCAAAUCACUCUCUCUUGAUGAAUGUAACUUGUUUGGUAAAUUACCAAGCAGUAUUUUUAUGAUUCCUACUAUGCAAUCCAUUAACUUGCAAGGCAAUCAAGAUAUGGUAGGAUCUCUUCCAGAGUUUAAUAGAAAUAACUCUCUUGUUUUCUUGGACCUCUCUUGGAUAUCCCUAGGUAACUUACCUGUCUCCAUCAACAACCUUAAACACUUGACUACUUUGAAACUUGGGUUUUGCAAUUUACAUGGACAGAUUUCAUCUUCACUUGGAAACUUAACUAACCUAUCCACUCUUGACCUUUCAUCUAAUUUUUUCAAUGGUCAUAUCCCUUCUUCAUUUGGAAAUCUUCUCCAUCUUACCUCUUUAGUCCUUUCUCAUAAUAGACUUAGUGGCCAAAUCCCACCUUCCUUUGCCAAUCUUAAUCAACUUACUACCUUAAGUCUUGUUUCCAAUAAGCUUAGUGGUAACUUUCCUCUUCCAUUACUCAAUCUCACAAAGUUGUCAGAGUUAUCACUGGUCAACAAUCAUUUCACAGGUACACUUCCUCCAAACAUAAGUGCACUUUGCAACUUAGAGACCUUUGAAGCAAGUGAAAACAUUUUCACUGGAACUCUCCCUUCUACUCUCUUCAACACCCCUUCUUUGACUUACAUCGAUUUGAAAGAUAAUCAACUCAAUGCCAUUCUUGAGUUUGGGAAUAUCUCUUCACCAUCUAAGCUAGAAAGGUUAUCACUUGGCAAUAACCAUUUCCAAGGGUCUCUCCCAAUAUCCAUUUCAAGCUUAGUCAAUCUUUACAGCCUUGACCUUUCUUAUUACAACACGGGGAUGUCAGUAGACUUUGGUUUCUUAUCACAACUCAAGGGUCUCAUAGAUCUGGACAUAAGCUAUAUAAACACCACAAAUAUAGUUGACUUGAGUACCAUCUUCUUACAUCUCAAGUCCCUAUCUUCACUGCAGAUGUCAGGGGUACAUGUCUCGACCGCGAAAAUGGGUUUAGUUUCCAAUCUACCAACGAACUUAGGCACCUUGCACUUGUCAGGCUGUGGUAUCACAGAGUUUCCAAAAUUCCUAAAGAACCUACAAAAGAUGUCUCAGUUGGAUCUCUCAGACAACAAAAUCAAAGGUGAGGUGCCACAUUGGCUGUGGAAUCAUCUACCAAUGCUAUCAGUCCUGAAUCUACGCAACAACUCUUUCACCGGUCUUGAAAGAUACUCAAAUGAUUCAUCUAGACUGGAGCUUAUUGUUCUAGAUUUGAGUUCAAACGCGUUCCAAGGACCGUUGUUCGACCCACCAGUCUCCACAGAAGCAUUAGUCGUCUCCAACAACAACUUCACAGGAAAGAUCCCUGAAUCCAUAUGUGAGCAGAGAUAUCUACAAACCCUUGAUUUAUCCAACAACAGCUUCACAGGCUCAAUACCUCAAUGUCUAAAGAAUCUGAACAGUUAUCUUUCAUUUCUUAUCCUCCACCAUAAUCAACUCAAUGGAAGUAUUCCAGAAAUAUUCAACAACGCCACUGACUUAGUAUCCAUUGACGUCAGCCAAAACAGGUUGGUUGGGAAGCUUCCAAGGUCACUGAAGAGCUGCACUAGCCUCGAAGUUCUCAACGUGAGAAGCAAUGGAAUCGACGACACGUUUCCUUUCUGGCUGAACACUUUGCCUGAGCUAAAAGUCAUUGUCCUCCGCAACAACAGCUUCAAAGGACCUUUACACCGUCAUCAUCCUUUCGGUUUUCCCAAGCUGCAAAUCAUUGAUGUAUCCAACAAUGGCUUCAACGGGACACUACCAUCAGAUUACUUUGCAGACUGGAACAUGACAAGACGUGAAGAUCGGUCGGGAGUUAUUUACAUCAGAUAUAAUGAUUAUUACCAUGAUUCAAUGGUCUUGAUGAGUAAAGGAGUAGAGAUGAAACUGGAACGGAUAUUGAAACUCUUAACAGCUAUUGACUUGUCAGGAAAUGAACUCAGUGGAAAGAUCCCUGAGUCCAUUGGUCUGCUCAAGGAUCUUAUUGUGCUCAAUCUAUCAAGCAACGGUUUCACUGGUGACAUACCUUCAUCUUUUGGGAAUCAGAGUCAGCUCGAGUCAUUAGACUUAUCGAAUAACAAGCUUUCAGGGUCAAUUCCACCUUCUCUCGGGGAUCUCUCUAGUCUGUCUUACAUCAAGGUUUCCAACAACCAGCUCCACGGUCCAAUACCGCAAAGUACACAGUUUCAAACUCAGUCUGCUUCGUCUUUUGAAGGAAACCUUGGACUGUGUGGUCUUCCUCUCAGUGAAAAGUGCGGAAAGCAAUCACAAGAGCCAGAAGCAGAGGAAGCAGAGGAGGAGGAAGAAGGAGUACUGAGCUGGACUGCAGCUGCCAUAGCCUUAGCACCUGGAGUUAUCCUCGGGUUGACAAUUGGGCACAUUUUGGUUACACAAAAGACUCACUGGUUCAUGAGAUUCCUUGCGUGA